AUGCUUGGGCCAACUCCUGGUACAAGCACUGUUCCUCCUCCAGCCGACUGCACAGGCAACUGUCCGACUAGAGUUAUUGUUACAGUUACUGGCAUGAUCAUGACAGUAACAACGUUUGGUCCAACGCCUGGUACAAGCACGAUUCCUCCUCCAGCCGACUGCACAGGCAACUGUCCGACCAGAGUAAUCGUCACUGUAACGGGCAGAAUCAUUACGGAAACUACCUUUGGCCCAGCGCCUGGUACAAGCACAAUUCCUCCCUCCGCUGGCUGCACAGGCAACUGUCCGACUAGAGUUAUUGUUACAGUUACUGGUAUGAUCAUGACAGUAACAACGUUUGGUCCAACGCCUGGUACAAGUACGAUUCCUCCUCCAGCCGACUGCACAGGCAACUGUCCGACCAGGGUUAUUGUUACCGUGACCGGGAGAAUAGUCACGGAAACGACCUUUGGUCCGGCGCCAGGCACAAGUACAAUUCCACCUUCGGCUGGUUGUACAGGCAAUUGCCCAACCAGAAUUAUUGUUACCAUAACGGGUGGAAUGAUUACGGAAACCACUUUGGGUCCGGCGCCCGGGACAAGUACGAUUCCUCCGCCAGCAGGAUGCACAGGCAACUGCCCGACUAGAGUUGUUGUUACGGUUACCGGCAUGAUCAUUACAGUAACAACGUUUGGUCCAGCGCCUGGUACGAGCACGGUUCCUCCUCCAGCCGACUGCACAGGCAACUGUCCGACCAGAGUCAUUGUUACGGUAACUGGCGGAAUGAUUACGGAAACCAUGCUUGGGCCAACUCCUGGUACAAGCACUAUUCCACCUCCCGUUGGCUGUACAGGCAACUGCCCGACUAGAGUGAUUGUUACAGUAACUGGCAGAAUCGUCACUGAAACGACGUUUGGUCCAGCGCCAGGGACGAGCACGAUUCCUCCAUCCGCAGGCUGCACAGGCAACUGCCCGACUAGAGUUAUUGUUACGGUUACCGGCAUGAUCAUCACAGUGACAAUGUUUGGCCCAGCGCCUGGUACAAGCACGAUUCCUCCUCCAGCCGACUGCACAGGCAACUGUCCGACCAGAGUGAUCGUUACUGUAACGGGAAGAAUCGUCACUGAAACGACGUUUGGUCCAGCGCCAGGGACGAGUACGAUCCCACCAUCCGCCGGCUGCACGGGCAACUGUCCUACCAGAAUCAUCGUUACUAUAACUGGUGGAAUGAUUACCGAAACCACCUUUGGCCCAGCACCUGGUACUAGCACAAUUCCUCCACCGGCGGGCUGCACGGGCAAUUGCCCGACCAGAGUCAUUAUUACAGUAACGGGCCGGAUCAUUACAGAAACAGCCUUUGGUCCAGCCCCCGGAACAAGCACAAUCCCACCUUCUGCCGGUUGUACAGGCAAUUGCCCAACCAGGAUUAUCGUCACAGUCACUGGCGGAAUGGUCACAGAAACCACCUUUGGCCCAACACCUGGCACCAGUACAAUUCCUCCAUCGGCAGGCUGUGUAGGUAAUUGCCCGACUAGGAUUAUCGUUACGGCAACGGGCAUGAUCAUCACCGAAACCACUCUUGGUCCAUCGCCUGGUACAAGCACUAUUCCGCCUUCCGCUGGCUGCACGGGCAACUGCCCAACUAGAGUUGUCGUCACCGUAACUGGCAGAGUCAUUACGGAAACGACGUUUGGUCCAGCGCCUGGCACGAGUACUAUUCCUCCUUCUGCCGGCUGUACAGGCAACUGCCCGACUAGGAUCAUCGUGACGGUAACCGGCAUGAUCAUUACGGAAACGACCUUUGGACCAGCGCCUGGCACAAGUACUAUUCCUCCUUCCGCCGGCUGUACAGGAAACUGCCCAACCAGAAUUAUCGUUACCGUAACUGGAGCAAUGGUAACGGAGACCACGCUUGGCCCGACAGCCGGCACCAGUACAAUUCCCCCUUCGGCAGGCUGCAUAGGCAACUGCCCGACUAGAAUUAUCGUAACAGUAACCGGCAUGAUCGUCACGGAAACUACAUUUGGUCCAGCGCCUGGCACGAGUACUAUUCCUCCUUCUGCCGGCUGUACAGGCAACUGCCCGACUAGGAUUAUCGUGACGGUAACCGGCAUGAUCAUUACGGAAACGACCUUUGGACCAGCGCCUGGCACAAGUACUAUUCCUCCUUCCGCCGGCUGCACAGGCAACUGUCCGACUAGAGUCAUUGUUACCGUGACAGGAAGAAUCAUUACGGAAACGACUUUUGGCCCAGCGCCCGGUACAAGCACAAUUCCACCUUCCGCCGGUUGCACAGGAAACUGCCCAACGAGGAUCAUUGUCACCGUAACUGGUGGUAUGAUUACAGAAACCACCUUGGGUCCGACGCCCGGAACUAGCACGAUUCCUCCACCGGCGGGGUGCACAGGAAACUGCCCGACUAGGAUUAUCGUGACAGUAACCGGCAUGGUUAUUACGGAAACGACCUUUGGACCAUCACCUGGUACGAGCACUAUUCCUCCGGCCGCCGGCUGCACUGGAAACUGCCCGACUAGGAUCAUAGUUACAGUCACCGGCAUGAUCAUUACGGAAUCGACCUUUGGUCCAACACCCGGCACUAGUACGAUUCCUCCAUCAGCUGGCUGCACAGGCAACUGUCCAACUAGAGUCAUUGUUACCGUGACGGGCAUGAUCGUGACGGAAACGACGUUUGGACCAUCGCCAGGUACAAGUACAAUUCUGCCUUCCGCUGGCUGUACUGGCAACUGCCCAACCAGGAUUGUUGUCACUGUAACUGGUGGAAUGAUUACGGAAACCAUGCUUGGGCCAACUCCUGGUACAAGCACUGUUCCACCUCCCGCUGGCUGCACAGGCAACUGCCCGACUAGGAUUAUCGUAACAGUAACCGGCAUGAUCAUAACGGAAACCACCUUUGGUCCAGCACCUGGCACGAGCACUAUUCCUCCAUCCGCCGGCUGCACAGGCAACUGUCCGACUAGGAUUAUCGUUACAGUAACUGGCAUGAUCAUUACGGAAACGACCUUUGGUCCGGCGCCUGGUACAAGUACUAUCCCGCCUUCUGCCGGCUGCACAGGCAACUGCCCGACUAGAAUCAUUGUGACGGUGACAGGUCUGAUCAUCACGGAAACCACCCUUGGACCAGCACCUGGUACAAGCACUAUUCCCCCGUCCGCUGGUUGCACAGGCAACUGUCCCACAAGGAUCAUCGUUACAGUAACUGGCAUGAUCAUUACGGAGACGACAUUUGGACCAACGCCUGGCACAAGUAUCAUUCCACCUUCCGCUGGCUGUACAGGCAACUGCCCGACAAGGAUUAUCGUCACAGUAACUGGCGGAAUGAUUACAGAAACCACGUUGGGUCCAUCGCCUGGAACAAGUACGAUUCCUCCAUCAGCGGGAUGCACAGGAAACUGCCCGACUAGGAUCAUCGUAACAGUAACCGGCAUGGUCAUUACAGAAACGACUUUUGGACCAGCACCUGGUACGAGCACUAUUCCUCCAUCUGCCGGUUGUACUGGCAACUGCCCGACUAGGAUUAUCGUGACAGUAACCGGCAUGGUCAUUACGGAAACGACCUUUGGACCAGCACCUGGUACGAGUACUAUUCCUCCCUCCGCUGGCUGCACAGGCAAUUGCCCGACAAGGAUUAUUGUUACCAUUACUGGAACAGUAAUGACGGAAACAACAUUUGGUCCUACGCCUGGUACUAGCACGAUUCCACCAUCAUCCGGAUGUACAGGCAACUGCCCGACAAGGAUUAUUGUUACCAUUACUGGAGCAGUAAUGACGGAAACAACAUUUGGUCCUACGCCUGGUACUAGCACGAUUCCACCAUCAUCCGGAUGCACAGGCAACUGCCCGACCAGAAUCAUCGUUACAGUAACCGGCAUGAUCAUUACGGAAACUACAUUUGGUCCAGCACCUGGUACGAGUACGAUUCCACCUUCGGCCGGCUGUACGGGCAACUGUCCGACUAGGGUUAUCGUAACAGUAACUGGCCUAAUCAUUACGGAAACCACAUUUGGUUCAGCACCUGGUACGAGCACGAUUCCACCGUCCGCCGGCUGUACAGGCAACUGCCCAACAAGAAUCAUCGUCACAAUUACAGGUGACAUCAUUACAGAAACCACAUUUGGCCCGACGCCUGGUACCAGCACUAUUCCACCAUCAUCAGGAUGUACCGGCAACUGCCCGACGAGAAUUAUCGUCACGGCAACAGGAAUCAUAGUAACAGUGUCUACGUUUGGACCAUCAGCCGGAACGAGUACAAUAUUACCGACGAAUUCCGAAUGUCCCGAUGCAGAUUUAAUGCGCCGCCGUGGCAUUGUACGAAGAAAUGAAAACUGUCCUACGACAAUUGUUGUAACCGUUCCCACCACGGGUGCCAUUACAGAAUCCACCUUUGGCCCAACAGCCGGAACUAGUACGAUAUUGCCAUCAUCAGGGUGUGUCGGCAACUGCCCCAUAACCAUCAUUGUAACUUUGCCGACCACUGGAGUCAUCACGCAAUCCACAAUGGGACCGACGGCAGGGACGAGUACGAUUUUGCCGUCGUCUGGAUGCACAGGGAACUGCCCAACUAGAAUUAUUGUUACCUUUACAGGUGACGUUAUGACAGAAACAACAUUUGGACCGGUCCCAGGGACAAGCACCAUUCCGCCCGCGUCAGGGUGUACAGGCAACUGCCCGACGAGAAUAGUUGUUACCGUGACUGGCGCAAUUAUAACGGAAACAACGUUUGGUCCUUCGGCUGGAACUAGCACAAUGGCACCAUCUGGAUGUUCAUCAGAUUGCACGACGAGAAUAAUUGUUACUGUCCCCUUUGAAACGCAGUCCGACUUCAAUCCAACAGAUAGCAUUACUCUAAUCUUCCCCACGUCUACCACGGAUACUGUUUCCGAGACUGGCGGCUUUGUUACAGAAACGACAUUUGGUCCUGCGCCUGGUACGAGCACUGUUCCACCUUCAUCUGGGUGCACAGGCAACUGUCCAACAAGGGUUGUCGUGACCGUUACAGGAGCUAUUACCACAGAGACAACAUUUGGUCCAGUCCCUGGUACAAGUACUAUCCCACCAUCGUCAGGCUGCACAGGCAACUGCCCAACGAGAAUCGUAGUUACUGUCACAGGUGACAUUGUUACAGAAACAACCUUUGGUCCUGCGCCUGGUACGAGCACCAUUCCACCUUCAUCUGGGUGCACAGGCAACUGCCCAACAAGAAUUGUUGUAACUGUUACAGGAGCUAUCACCACAGAGACAACACUCGGUCCAGUGCCUGGUACGAGCACUAUUCCUCCAGCCACGGGAUGUACUGGAAACUGCCCAACUAGAAUUGUCGUUACUAUCACAGGUGACAUUAUUACAGAAACCACACUUGGUCCAGUUCCUGGUACCAGCACUAUUCCGCCAGCGACCGGAUGUACUGGAAACUGCCCGACGAGAAUUAUUGUGACCGUUACAGGUGCAAUUACUACAGAGACAACAUUCGGACCAGUUCCUGGAACAAGCACGAUUCCUCCGGCCACGGGAUGUACUGGCAACUGCCCAACAAGAAUUGUCGUCACUAUUACAGGUGAAAUUAUUACAGAAACGACACUUGGUCCAGUUCCAGGAACCAGUACUAUUCCUCCAGCCACUGGAUGUACUGGCAACUGUCCUACAAGAAUCAUCGUUACUGUUACUGGCGCCAUCACAACCGAGACGACAUUCGGUCCAGUGCCUGGCACGAGCACCAUUCCUCCGGCGACAGGAUGUACUGGGAACUGUCCUACGAGAAUUGUCGUUACCAUUACAGGUGAUAUUAUUACAGAGACGACACUUGGUCCAGUUCCAGGUACCAGUACUAUUCCGCCAGCCACUGGAUGUACAGGCAACUGUCCCACUAUAAUUAUUGUAACCGUUACAGGAGUUAUUACUACAGAGACAACAUUUGGCCCAGUGCCUGGUACGAGCACCAUUCCUCCAGCCACGGGAUGCACUGGGAAUUGUCCUACAAGAAUUGUUGUUACUAUUACAGGCGAUAUCGUUACAGAGACAACACUUGGUCCGGUGCCAGGUACCAGUACUAUUCCUCCUGCUACUGGAUGUACUGGAAACUGCCCAACGAUAAUUAUCGUGACCGUUACAGGCGCUAUUACCACAGAGACAACGUUUGGCCCAGUUCCUGGUACAAGCACCAUUCCUCCGGCCACCGGAUGCACUGGCAAUUGUCCUACGAGAAUUGUUGUUACCAUCACAGGGGAUAUAGUUACAGAGACAACACUUGGUCCCGUGCCAGGUACCAGUACUAUUCCUCCGGCCACCGGAUGUACUGGCAACUGCCCAACCAGAAUUAUCGUGACCGUCACAGGCGCUAUCACUACGGAGACAACAUUCGGUUCAGUGCCGGGCACAAGCACCAUUCCUCCAGCCACGGGAUGUACAGGCAACUGCCCAACAAGAAUUGUCGUCACCAUUACAGGCGACAUCAUCACCGAGACAACAUUUGGUCCUUUGCCUGGAACUAGUACGAUUCCGCCAGCAUCGGGUUGUUUGUCAAGUUGCACCACGACGAUAAUUGUCACUGAACCGUUUGCUACGCAGUCUGACUUCAAUCCCACUGACAGUAUCAGUCUGAUAACCCCCACCACUGGUGGCUAUGUUACAGAGACUGUAUUCGGCACGGAACCCGGCACAAGCACAAUUCCGCCUACUGCUGGGUGUGUUGGCAACUGUCCUACCAGUAUCAUAGUAACUGUUACUGGUGGCUAUGUUACGGAAACUGUAUUCGGAUCGGAUCCAGGAACAAGUACCAUUCCGCCCACUGCCGGAUGCGUUGGCAACUGCCCAACCAGUAUCAUUGUUACUGUUACUGGCGGCUAUGUUACAGAAACUGUAUUUGGAUCAGACCCCGGAACAAGCACCAUCCCGCCUACCGCUGGGUGUGUUGGCAAUUGUCCUAAUAGUAUUAUAGUUACCGUUACAGGUGGCUACGUCACGGAAACUGUGUUUGGAUCCGAUCCUGGAACAAGCACCAUUCCGCCUACUUCUGGAUGCGUCGGCAACUGUCCUACUAGCAUCAUUGUUACUGUUACCGGCGGCUAUGUUACCGAGACUGUCUUUGGAUCGGACCCAGGAACAAGCACUAUUCCUCCGACUUCUGGAUGCGUCGGCAACUGCCCGACGAGUAUUAUUGUUACAAUCACAGGUGGAUAUGUGACGGAAACCGUUUUCGGAUCCGACCCUGGGACAAGCACCAUUCCUCCUACUUCUGGUUGUGUCGGUAACUGUCCUACCAGCAUCAUCAUUACUGUUACUGGUGGAUACGUUACGGAAACCGUAGUUGGAUCAGAAGCAGGUACAAGCACCAUUCCACCCACCUCUGGAUGUGUUGGCAAUUGCCCUACUAGUAUCAUUGUAACCGUUACUGGUGGCUACAUUACCGAAACUGUCUUUGGGUCGGAUCCUGGUACCAGUACAAUUCCACCUACGGCUGGGUGUGUUGGCAACUGCCCUACCAGCAUCAUUGUCACCGUCACUGGCGGAUACGUUACAGAAACUGUUUUUGGAUCCGAUCCUGGUACGAGUACUAUCCCACCGGCCUCUGGGUGUGUUGGUAACUGCCCUACCAGCAUCAUUGUUACUGUUACCGGUGGUUAUGUGACGGAAACUGUAUUUGGAUCCGACCCAGGAACGAGCACUAUUCCACCUACAGCUGGAUGUGUUGGCAACUGCCCUACCAGUAUCAUAGUUACCGUUACUGGUGGUUACGUAACAGAAACUGUCUUUGGAUCCGACCCAGGAACGAGCACUAUUCCACCUACAGCUGGAUGUGUUGGCAACUGCCCUACCAGUAUCAUAGUUACCGUUACUGGUGGUUACGUAACAGAAACUGUCUUUGGAUCCGACCCAGGAACGAGCACUAUUCCGCCUACUUCUGGGUGUGUUGGCAACUGUCCUACCAGUAUUAUUGUUACUGUUACUGGUGGAUAUGUCACGGAAACCGUCUUUGGAUCGGACCCUGGAACAAGUACUAUUCCGCCUACUUCUGGAUGCGUUGGAAACUGCCCCACCAGUAUCAUUGUCACCGUUACUGGAGGGUACGUCACCGAGACUGUAUUUGGAUCGGACCCAGGAACAAGCACCAUUCCCCCUGCUUCUGGAUGCGUUGGCAACUAUCCUACCAGCAUUAUAGUCACAGUGACUGGUGGUUACGUUACGGAGACUGUAUUUGGAUCGGACCCCGGAACAAGCACCAUUCCACCUACUUCUGGAUGCGUUGGCAACUGUCCUACUAGCAUCAUAGUUACUGUUACUGGUGGCUACGUCACGGAGACUGUCUUUGGAUCAGACCCUGGAACGAGCACCAUUCCGCCUACUGCUGGGUGUGUUGGCAAUUGCCCUACUAGUAUUAUUGUCACCGUCACCGGCGGGUACGUUACUGAGACGAUUUUUGGUUCGGACCCCGGAACAAGUACCAUUCCGCCCACUGCUGGAUGUGUUGGCAACUGUCCUACUAGUAUCAUUGUCACCGUUACUGGCGGUUAUGUUACAGAAACCGUAUUCGGAUCAGACCCUGGUACGAGUACAAUUCCACCUACUGCUGGAUGCGUUGGCAACUGUCCUACAAGUAUCAUUGUCACCGUUACCGGCGGAUAUGUCACGGAAACCGUCUUUGGAUCGGAUCCUGGCACAAGUACCAUUCCACCUACCGCUGGAUGCGUUGGUAACUGCCCUACAAGUAUCAUUGUCACCGUUACUGGUGGUUAUGUUACAGAAACCGUCUUUGGAUCAGACCCUGGCACGAGUACAAUUCCACCUACAGCUGGAUGUGUUGGCAACUGCCCUACCAGUAUCAUAGUUACCGUUACUGGUGGUUACGUGACAGAAACUGUCUUUGGAUCAGAUCCUGGUACCAGCACAAUCCCACCUACCGCUGGAUGCGUCGGCAACUGCCCAACCAGUAUCAUUGUUACUGUUACUGGGGGGUACGUUACGGAAACUGUCUUUGGAUCGGAUCCUGGUACAAGUACAAUCCCACCUACCGCUGGAUGCGUCGGCAACUGUCCUACCAGCAUCAUUGUUACCGUUACUGGCGGGUAUGUUACAGAGACUGUCUUUGGAUCAGACCCAGGCACAAGCACCAUUCCACCUACCGCUGGGUGCGUCGGUAACUGUCCAACUAGUAUCAUUGUUACCGUUACUGGUGGAUACGUGACAGAAACCGUCUUUGGGUCGGAUCCUGGUACGAGCACAGUUCCACCUACUGCUGGAUGUGUUGGCAACUGUCCUACCAGUAUUAUAGUAACCGUUACUGGUGGCUAUGUUACGGAAACUGUAUUCGGAUCGGAUCCAGGAACAAGUACCAUUCCGCCUACUGCCGGAUGCGUUGGCAACUGCCCAACCAGUAUCAUUGUCACUGUUACUGGCGGCUAUGUUACAGAAACUGUCUUUGGAUCAGAUCCUGGUACCAGCACAAUCCCACCUACUGCUGGAUGCGUCGGCAACUGUCCUACUAGUAUCAUUGUCACCAUUACUGGUGGUUAUGUUACAGAAACCGUAUUCGGAUCAGACCCUGGUACGAGUACAAUUCCACCGACUGCUGGAUGCGUCGGCAACUGUCCUACCAGUAUUAUCGUUACCGUUACUGGCGGGUAUGUCACGGAAACCGUCUUUGGAUCGGAUCCUGGCACAAGCACCAUUCCACCUACCGCUGGAUGCGUUGGCAACUGCCCUACAAGUAUCAUUGUUACCGUUACUGGUGGCUACGUUACGGAAACCGUCUUUGGAUCAGACCCAGGAACAAGCACCAUUCCACCUACCGCCGGAUGCGUUGGCAACUGUCCUACUAGUAUCAUUGUUACCGUUACUGGCGGAUACGUGACAGAAACCGUCUUUGGAUCGGAUCCUGGUACGAGCACAGUUCCACCUACUGCUGGAUGUGUUGGCAACUGUCCUACCAGUAUUAUAGUAACCGUUACUGGCGGUUAUGUUACAGAAACUGUAUUUGGAUCAGACCCCGGAACAAGCACCAUCCCGCCCACCGCUGGAUGUGUUGGCAAUUGUCCUACUAGUAUUAUAGUUACCGUCACUGGUGGCUACGUUACCGAGACUGUAUUCGGAUCGGACCCUGGAACAAGCACUAUUCCGCCCACUGCUGGAUGUGUUGGCAACUGUCCUACUAGUAUCAUUGUUACUGUUACUGGUGGGUACGUCACCGAAACUAUCUUUGGGUCCGAUCCUGGUACCAGUACUAUUCCACCUUCGCCAGGAUGCGUUGGCAACUGUCCUACCAGUAUCAUUGUUACGGUUACGGGCGGUUAUGUUACGGAGACGAUCUUCGGGUCCGAUCCUGGUACGAGUACUAUUCCACCUUCACCUGGGUGUGUUGGCAAUUGCCCUACCAGUAUUAUUGUUACAGUUACCGGAGGAUAUGUUACAGAAACCAUUUUUGGGUCCGAUCCUGGCACAAGUACCAUUCCGCCUUCACCUGGGUGUGUUGGUAAUUGCCCUACCAGUAUUAUUGUCACAGUUACGGGAGGUUAUACCACGGAAACGACAAUUGGUCCCGAUCCCGGUACAAGUACUAUUCCACCUUCCCCUGGAUGUGUUGGCAAUUGUCCUACUAGUAUUAUCGUCACUGUGACUCCCGUUUAUGUUACUACUACUGAGCCAUGGACCGGUACUAUAACUACAACCAUUACGUCACCGCCUAGUGGCACCAAUGCAGGAACCGUUAUUGUCCAGACUCCAACUAUAUGUUCUGCUCCAGUACCCUGUAACAAUCUUGGGUUUACCUGGGCGUAUUAUAAUAACUCUGCAAUAAAUGUUGACGCAACCUACUCCUCAUUCAGCCCGGAGUCUUUCAAAAAUGUGACGCCAAUUUACGUAGGUACUACUAACUACGUAGGGGGCAACUACGUUACUGCACCAACUGGACCUAUCUACAAUUCCACGGUCAUAUUCAAACUAUUCAAUUUUGCCAUCAACCAUUACGGAUACCUCUUUUCUUGCAUAUCUGGCGUGUAUAAUAUUAGUAUUACUAAUGUUGACGAUGCUGUCUACUUGUGGACUGGUCCAAAAGCUUAUUCUGGUUGGACCGAUGCCAACGCCGAUGCGAAAGCUAUUUAUAAUCAGCCCGCUCAUGUUGCCGGCAGUGCCCUCUUUAGCUUUUUUGUUCCGGAGUAUACCUACAUACCUAUUCGAUUUUUUUACGGCCAGGCACAGAAUGGAGGUACCUGGACCUUUAGUAUCGUUAAUCCUAACGGCAGUGUUAUUGCUAGUAACCAGCCGACGAAUAACCCAUAUCUAGUCCAGUACUCAUGCGAUAACACAACUGCUCCCCCGUUCGUUACAACUCCUGGGGGCUUUGUCACAACAACAAUCUUCGGGCCGAAUCCUGGCACAAGUACAAUCCCGCCAUCUCUUGGAUGCUCUAGUUCCUGUCCUACUAGUAUCAUCGUUACCGUGACUGGAGGAUAUGUCACUCAGACGAUCACGGGGCCUUUGCCGGGUACGACUACAAUACCACCUUCAGCUGGAUGUGCUGGUAACUGCCCGACUACAAUCAUAAUCACCCAGCCGCCUGAUGUUGCUACUACAACUACCAUCACGACUGGGUCCGUGUAUGGAACAACGACAAUUGCUCCUUCAUCCGACUGCACACACCCAUGCACCUCUACUGUCGUUGUUACUCAGCCAGCAGAUGUAUAUUUCACCUCUACCAUUACCAGCGGGUCGGUAUAUGGAACGACGACGAUUGCUCCCACAUCGGACUGCACACACCCGUGCACAUCUACUGUCAUAGUUACUCAGCCAUCAGAUGUGUACUUUACUACUACCAUUACAACCGGAGCCGUUUAUGGAACAACGACAGUCGCUCCCACGUCUGAUUGUACUCACCCUUGCACCUCUACUGUCAUUGUUACGCAGCCAGCCGAUGUGUAUUUCACUACUACCAUCACCAGCGGAUCGGUUUAUGGAACAACGACGAUUGCUCCCACAUCUGAUUGUACACAUCCAUGCACCUCUACAAUCAUAGUUACCCAGCCAUCAGAUGUUUACUUUACAACUACCAUCACUACUGGAGCCGUUUAUGGAACAACAACAGUCGCUCCCACGUCUGACUGCACACACCCGUGCACAUCUACUGUCAUAGUUACUCAGCCAUCAGAUGUGUACUUUACUACUACCAUUACAACCGGAGCCGUUUAUGGAACAACGACAGUCGCUCCCACGUCUGAUUGUACACACCCAUGCACUUCUACCGUCAUCGUCACUCAGCCAGCCGAUGUGUAUUUCACUACUACUAUCACUACUGGAGCCAUUUAUGGAACAACGACGGUUGCACCUACGUCUGAUUGUACACACCCAUGCACCUCUACUGUUAUCAUUACUCAGCCGGCAGAUGUGUAUUUCACAACCACCAUCACCACCGGAGGCGUUUAUGGAACAACAACAGUCGCUCCCACGUCUGACUGUACACAUCCAUGCACCUCUACCGUCAUCGUUACGGAGCCAGCAGAUGUGUAUUUCACUUCUACCAUUACCAGUGGGUCAGUCUAUGGAACGACGACGAUUGCUCCUACAUCCGACUGCACGCAUCCAUGCACCUCUACCGUCAUAAUUACCCAGCCGUCAGAUGUGUAUUUCACUACUACCAUCACCACCGGAGCCGUUUAUGGCACAACAACGGUUGCUCCUACGUCUGACUGCACACACCCAUGCACCUCUACUGUCAUCGUUACGCAGCCAGCAGACGUGUAUUUCACCUCUACCAUUACCAGCGGGUCGGUAUAUGGAACGACGACGAUUGCUCCUACAUCGGACUGCACACACCCAUGCACCUCUACCGUCAUCAUUACACAGCCAUCAGAUGUGUAUUUUACUACUACCAUCACAACCGGAGCUGUAUAUGGAACAACGACAGUCGCUCCCACGUCCGACUGUACACAUCCAUGCACCUCUACUGUCAUCAUUACCCAGCCGUCAGAUGUGUAUUUCACCUCUACAAUUACCAGCGGGUCGGUAUAUGGAACGACGACGAUUGCUCCCACGGCCGGCUGCACGCAUCCCUGCACCUCUACUGUUAUCAUUACCCAGCCAUCAGAUGUAUAUUUCACUACUACGAUCACAACCGGAGCCGUUUAUGGAACAACGACAGUCGCUCCCACGUCCGACUGUACACACCCGUGCACAUCUACCGUCAUCAUUACCCAGCCGGCAGAUGUGUAUUUCACAACUACCAUCACCACCGGAGGCGUCUAUGGAACAACAACAGUCGCUCCCACGGCAGGCUGCACGCAUCCAUGCACCUCUACCGUCAUCAUUACCCAGCCGUCAGAUGUCGCUACGACGACUACCAUCACCGCCGGGGCCGUUUAUGGAACAUCGACGAUUCCUCCCUCGGCUGGCUGCACGCAUCCAUGCACCUCCACCAUCGUCAUCACUCAGCCCAUGGAUGUUGUGCUAACUACAACAAUAACUUCUGGAUUUACCCGUACCACAACAACCGUCAACCCCAGUGUGGGCUGCACGCAUCCUUGCACCACAAGUGUCGUUGUAGUGGUUACGCAAACACCACCUCCUCCUCUCAACUGUUCCAUAUCCGGGUAUUUGAUUCAGAAGAGCAACGACAACGCGCCCAUCCAACUGUUUGGCGUGGAUCUGGCCACGGGUCAACUAAAUCUUCUGGGCGGAAACGUUUCCGGAGAUACUGGCAUUGGAUUCAUCAAUUCCAUUGGAUUCAACUCUCAGGACAAUUAUAUUUACGGAGCCACUCGCGGAGGACAACUGGUUCGAAUCGGAGCUGGCGGUCAGGUUCAGCCAUUGCCGUACAACAUCCCGUACCAGAGCUCCAAUUCGGGGGAUAUAUUACCCAGCGGUCGCUACGUCGUCCUUGGUGGUGCAAGAACGGCUUCCUUGCCGGAAGGGAAUUACGAUUGGUCUGAAAUCGACCUGUCCAGUAACCUGUUGCCCACCUUUGGAACCGUCGUGGCUUCGGGACAAGCUCGCCAUGCUACGUUCCAAGUGAGCGACAUAGCGUACGUGCCCGGUGGUGGGAAUGCCAUGUACGCGUUUGGCUUCGGAUUCGUCGGAUGCGGCUCAUCCUGCACGUUUAUCAAUCUUGCUCAGUUUAACCUGACAACCCAUACCUGGACGAUCAUCAAGAACCUGGGGAGCGUUGCUGGAAAUACCAUUGGAGCCGUCUACGGAUCAAACAACGGCUACCUCUACGGUUCCGACAACGUCUCUGGAAAUAUUUACAGCAUUGAUAUCGUCAACAAUGGGCCGCUUCAACUUGUGUCGACGACGAAUCAAACAACACAAAACAAUGACGGAGCGAGAUGCAUCGACGCAUCGAAUCCGAACAUUACCACUGUUAGCGUUCUUCCGACCGCAACAGACACGCCUUAG